AUGGUAGGGGUGUCUGAGCAGAGUUUUACUCUAGUCUGGAGGUUCUCGUCAAGAACGGAUCCUCCUGAUUCCCCUGCAGCGCGAAAAACAAACAACCUGGGACGCAACCUGCGCCUUGAAGAUCAGACAACGAGAUUGAAACCCUUCAACAUGUUCCGAACUCGGGUUGCUCCAGCGGCGAAACGCUGCCUCAGUGCCCGACAGACACAAUCUGCUCUUCACCGCCCGCUGGUCAAUUUCCGCCAGUUUUCCGGCUCGGCAAGUGUUCUUCAGAGCCUUCCGGUGCGAAUCCACGGCCGAGGGACGGGCACCCUGCAAACGAUCGAUGUAGAGGGAAAGCCGUACAAGAUUCAGACCGACACCUACCAGGUUCUGGGCGGAAACGAUUCGGCGCCGUCACCUGUGUCCUACUCACUGGCCAGUCUAGGCUCGUGCACUCAAGUGACGGGGUCUGUGGUUGCCAAGGACCACAACAUCAAGCUUGGUCAAUGGGAUGUUGCGGUAGAGGGCCUGUUGCCCACCGCAGUGCUGGUCAAAGGCGAGCAGGGAAACCCGAACUGGGAGAGGAUCGUUUUGACGGUCAAAGUCCAAACCGACAUCAAGGGAGGCAAUGAUGAUCCGAAGUUCAGGCAUUUCGUCGCUGAGGCAGAACGCCGGUGCCCAAUCACCCAGCUCUUCAUCCGCAGCGGAGUUGCAUUCAGCAGCGAGUGGACAAACGUGCCCCUCUGA